AUGACAGAUGUACAAAAAAGGACACCAGAAAGUUUGGAAGAUUUUUUAUCUUUGUUACCGAUUCUUUGUAAUAAUAAAUAUGAUGAAGUUUCUGAUUAUUUUGUUUGGAAGACUUUAAACCUUUGUUUAAUAAAAAAUCAUCAAAGUAUUAAUUGGAGCAGUGUUAUUCAAAAUUUCGAAGUUAUUUACACAAAUAAAGACAAAUAUUCAAAUUUAUUAUAUGAUGAUACAUGGAAAAAAACGUUCAUUAAUGAUAAUACCGAGAAUAAUCAUAAGAAUACAAUGUGUCGACGAUUAAGUUAUCCAAUUGAAACAAUAUAUUAUUGUUUUACGUGUAUGACCAAUCCAUUAUACGAAAUCUGUGAAUUUUGUUUUGAUCCACAAUAUCAUAAAGAUCAUGACUAUCUUUCUAAAAUUGUAAUAAGAGAUGAAGGUAGAGUGUGUCAUUGUGGUAAUAAAUCUGUUUUUAAAAAUCCACAGAAUGCCUUUCUUUGUAAGAAUGCAUUUAAUAAUAAUAACAAAUAUACUACAAAGAAUAAUAGGGAUUUGGAAGAGAAUAUUAUGGAUGAUAGUCAGACUCUAAAUACACAAUCUACUAUAAAUGUUAUUUUAGAUUAUAUAAUUGCGACCAUGGUGGAACUUAAUGAAAUUUAUAAGUUACUUUCUGCUUCUGAAAAACAAAAUAAAGAAGGAAAUGAAUCAAUAACUGAUGAAGGGAAUUUGCUACUCCCUUAUUUGAUUCCGAUAAACUCAAAUUGUACUAUUCAGCCAACAAAUGAUUCACGAUUUUCAAUUAAUAAAGACAUCAAAGAAAAAUGGGUUUUGCAAAUCCAUGAGGAUAAUUUAACUAUUCAUCCAAGAGAACUCUCUGCUAACAUAGUGGAGAUUUUGAAUAAACCUAUAGAAUAUGCUAUUUCUGUUGUCCAAAGAUUGGAGACAACCAACAUACCAGUAACUUUACUAGAAAGCAACGAUAUUUCUCAAUUACAAGAUGUUCGCGCUAAAUUUGAAAAGUGUAAUAUCAAAACCUCUAUUAUUGGAAUAAAUUUAAUUUAUAAACAUCAUUUAGCUGAAACUUUAUUGGAAUGGUUGUACACUACAUGCAAGAAUCAAAAUGAUCCAUCCUCAUUUUUGUACCCACUCCGUUUAUCAUUAUUGAAUAAAUGGGGAAUAUAUGACUCAAGAUCAUCUCUUGAUCUGCCCCUUUCACGAAAGAUUAAUUUACUUGGGAAGUGUAUUCUUCAGAAGGAUUCUAUCAAAAAAAUAUGGUAUAAAACAUGGAAUUUUAGUAAGCUUAAUAAUAAAACAUGCCAUUUAAUAAUGGAAAAUUAUAAUUUAUCUUUAAUAGAAGGUAUUACAGAUGGACUCUCAACAGUUAGUUAUGAAAUACAGGGGUCAAGAUUCCAAUAUUUGUUGACAGAAACUUUAGAGAGACUAUCAUUAGUCCAUUUUCAUCAGCUUCUAAAUAUUCUGGUAUCCGUAUUUUCUAUGACAGACAAGUGUCGAGGCUGCUUGGUGGCUCAAUACUUUGAUAUUUAUCUUAAUUUAUUGUACCAGUCUGUUAAUACUACUUCUGACAGACAUGUAGUUGUUAUGACUCUUUUAUCGCAGUAUACUUUCCAAGAUCCAGAUUAUGCAAAUUUGGCGAUAAGAAACGAAUUUGUUGAGCGUGUGUUGCGAUUUAUCUUUGUUUUAAUGAAUCUAUCUAGUUCUAAUAUGGAGGAUGGUAAUUAUAUUAUAUCUUUAGAAAAAGAUUUUAAACUACCAACAGUAGGUAUUCAAAAUAAAAGAAUUAUCAUUUCUCUUAAAGAAUUAUGCAUCCUGUUAUCAACUAAUACUAUUCCAAUUGAAUUAUUAUCUAACUCAUCACUCUUAAAUUGCAUAUUCUCAGCAUUUUGCCAGUUUAAUAAUAUUCUUCCUUUAAAGAGAGAGGUUAAUAAUCAUGUCGAGUAUGAAAGCUUUGAAUUUUCUUCGUUCUAUUUUUUUUUCUCAUCAAUUCUAAUAAUGACAGAUAGUUACGUAAGAAGUAUUGCACUAGUGUUUGAUAAAGAUUUCCGUAUCAAAAUGAUUAAAAAACUUAUUGAUAUGGCAAUUAAAGAAGAAUUUAAAUGUCUUAGAGACUGUGGUUAUAUGCGUGUGAGGCAAUUAGAGGUUAAUGAAGAACACAUAUCAUCUAUGUCUGAAAAUGAAAUCUUGACGGUAAGAGAGAAAUUAUGUGGCCAUAUAACAGAUAUUAUCAAUUUUCAAGUUGGUAUGAAUUCUCAAAGCCUCUUAAAUCCAAUGUCGUACUUUUUCAAGUUUGUGCUACAAUGGGCAACUUCUGGUAGGUAUGAACCACUUCCUGUGGAAUUGAAAAGUCAAAUUAAUAUAAAAGAAUUCAUACAGAAUCCAACACUACUACAAUGCAUUUUAGAGCCAGCUCUUUCAACUUUGGUUUUACUCGGUCAAAUUGAAGUGGGGUUCUGGGUGAGAAAUGGUGUAUCUAUAAGUCAUCAGGCUAAAAUGUAUACAAAGUAUAGUAUGAGAGAAUUUACUUAUGUUAGCGAUAUAUUUAAUGUGCAACUUUGCAUGUGUAACAUGGACCCUAGUGAUUUUCUGGUGAUAUAUUUUGUUAGAUGGGGUUUGAAGAAUUGGUGUAAGGGCAUUCCAAUUGGAGAUUAUCCAGAUGAACCAACAACUAUUAAAAUUGUAAAUGAAGCUCUUAUUUUAUUAAUACGGUUAUUGACUGAAAUGAAGUAUCUCAUAGUGACUUCUUCAGUAGAUAGUUUUGAAAAAACCUUGAAAGUAGAAAUAAUUCAUUCUGUUUCUCUAAAACAAGUCACAUAUGAGCACAUUGUAAAUAGUAUACCAGAACAUAUUGUUAAGCAUGCUGCUUUUGAUUCUUACUUAAAAAAGUACACACAUUUCCACAAACCUGUCAAUCCUGAUGAAACUGGUAGUUUUACAUUGAGGGAGGAAUAUAGAUCUGACCUUGAUCCAUAUUAUUAUGGUCUAACACCAAAUAGAAGAUAUGAAAUUGAAACAGAUAUAAGACAUCAAAUGAUGAAAUCUAAUAAUAUCAGUUUUGAUGAUACAUUUGUGCCAACAAAAAAAUAUAUUGAAAAUCUGCAGACUUCUCCCUACUCUGACUUAUUUUCAAUCACAUCAGUAGAUUGCUUUGGUAUGUUUUUAAAGCAUACAUUGGAUUAUAUUAAGAAAUUUAAAUGUGAUAUAUUACUUCCGAGAACAGUACAUCUUAUUCAUAUUGCAGUUGUUAAUAACAUCCACGAAUUUACAAAAAUAUUCUGGCAUGAAUAUGAAGUGGUUGAUACAGAAUUCUAUCAUUAUCACAGUAUUGGAUCUUUACUUUAUUCAUUUUUAUUAAUAGAAGAGUUUUCUACCGUCCAUGGGGAAAUAAAGCAAAUCUUUUGUUAUUUAAAGGAAAAUGCACCACAUGUUGACAUCAAUAGUUACUUGAUGGAACAAGUAGAAUCUUUUAAUGAAGAUACAUUAUGGUCAAGUUGUAAGGUUCAAAAGUUAAAGGAUACUGACUUUAAUAGAAAAAAAGAAAAAGCAAGGUUACGAAAAGAAAAGAUUCUAAGAAAAUUGGCCCAUCAACAACAAAAAUUUUUGGAAAAAAAUAAGAGUGCAUCAUUAGAGAAAAUUGUAUCUGUUAAAACUACACUAACUUCUCUGAAUUCUCACCAGAUGGAAUGUUUAGAAAAUACGGGCUGGAAAUUUCCAGAUGACUUUUGCAUAUUUUGCAAAACAAGCAAAGAAAACAUUUCAUUUGUUUAUUUUUCAUAUGAGGAAGUUGGUAUUUGCGAUCAUGUUAUGGAUUUUGUAAACAUCAAAAAGAAGACUCUAGGCCCAAUUCAAGAGAAGCCAGUUGUACGUGUAUGUGGGCAUGGUUCUCAUAUAACGUGUCUUGGAAAACAUCUAAAAAGUAUUAGAUUGGCACAGGGUCAGACUACUAAGAAUAUUCCAGAUUCAUUUGGCUAUGGAUUACUAUACUGCCCUGUUUGUAGUUCUUUAUCGAAUUCUUUUGUGCCAAAAAUAAAGAAAUAUAGAUUGAGAACUGCUGAAGAAUUUUCUUCCAGGCACUUUAUAACACAAAAUACUUUCCAACAGAAAAAGUCAGGAUUGUCUAGUAGCGUAGAAGAGUGCAUUUUUAUUCUCCAGAAUUUAAUGAAUCCUUCUAAUACAGUUAAAACUGAUAUGUUCAAAUCAGUCAAUCAAUUACUUGUUAAUACCACAUCCAAUAUUGAACUAGGUUUGAGAUAUAAUCACACUGAAUGUAAUCUGAACUGUUUUAAAGAUAGUAUCCCCACACAGGAUUUAUUGACAUUAAGAUUAUUGUCAGAACUUAAAACAGAGACUUUUACUUUGCAAACAAAAAAAAGUAUGGAUAUGGAUAUAACUGUAUUUUUUAAAGAUCAAAAUUGGUAUGAAAGUAUUUUACUUCAUCUCAAUGAAGAUUUACUUCUUUAUGUUAGUCAAUUGUUUGAAAUGCAUGACAUAUCAAAAGUAGAUGGCAAAUAUUGGUUAGCAAAGAUAUUAAAAAUGAAACUAUUCCAGAAUUUAGUAUCUUUAUGUUGCAAUCUAGUCCAAACAGAUUGCAACAUCAAUGCUGAGGAAUUUAUUACGUCUCUACCAGAACAUUCUUCAAUAGAUGCUGAUUGUCAAAUGAAAUAUUUUGAUUCAGAGUUGCUUGUUAAUAUUGUGAGACGAACACUAAGUGAUCUUUGUAAAAACACUGGUUUACUUAGAUGUUCCCUUGAUAAAAUUGCACCAUUCAUAUAUAAGUGGCUGUAUCAAUCAGUAGUUGUAUUUUUGAGAAGAAGUUAUUUAUUGUUUCUAAGUAAGUAUCCUGUUGCGAAUGAACGUAUUAUAAUUUCUGGGCAACAUACAAUAGAGAUAACUAGUGAAUUAGAAUUUUAUUUACAGCAGUUUAAUUUGGAAAAGAUGCAAAACUUUAAUGCUUUGUUACAGAUUUUGAGAGAUGCCUUAGAAAAACGAAAUGACAUUAGGAGCUCAUUAUCUCGUUAUUAUCCAGACUCCACAAUAAGCAUCAUGCUAGGAAAUUUAAAGUUUAGCUCCUCUGAACCUAUAUAUUUAAUUCAUCUGCCCUAUAAUCUGUCUGAAUUAUGUCUAGAGUUGAAAAAUAUGGAUAUUUCAAAAAUAAUUUAUGGUGAUCCAACAAUGUGUCUCUUUUGUGGAAAGGUUGUUAGUUUACAACAUCAAAGUGCAUUACAUAAAUUUUUAAUUGGUGAAUGUACUAAUCAUACAAGAAAUGAGUGUUCUUACACAUCAACCUAUGGUAUGUUUUUGUUAAUUAGAAGCAAUACCUUAUAUUUGUCAUAUGGGAACAGAGGUACUUUUUAUGAGACACCAUACCGCAAUGCGUUUGGUGAGUCAGAUAAAGAAUUGAAAUAUGGAUCUCCAGUGUUUUUGGAUAAGAAAAGGUAUAUUGAACUUGUGAAAAGUGUCUUAUUGCGUAAUUUGAUACCGCAUAUUAUAUAUCGUAAAACGGAUGGUAAUCUUGAUUUUGGUGGCUGGGAAACCUUGUAA